CACUCAUUGAACCGGUUCGGUAGUGCCUCAGUAGUCACCGUCUAUUCCUGAAUGUAAAUGUAUAACCUGAUUGAUCAGACCGAGUCCGCGUUGACUAGUGACUCUGUCUCUCAGUAGGAGUGCUGCCUUCACUACUGUCUGGGCGGUUUAUCUGACAGCAUGUCUCCUCUGAGCUCCUCGGUGAUUUCUACUGUCACACGGAGCUUCUAUCGCAGCCUGUGUCUGAGACCCAGCAGGACCCUCUCUGCGCAUGGGUUGGGACAGAGAAGAGCCAGUCCAGCUCCUGCAGCUCUGACAAGACAGACACACCCGGCCUGCUGUGACGGGACUCGAGGGUUUUUCUCUCGAGGUGGCGGUGCAGAGGGCGAGCAGCAGACCCUCCAGGACAUCGCUCAGAGCAUCAGACAGCGGCAUGUCAGGAGGGUGGUGGUGAUGGCCGGAGCCGGGAUCAGCACGCCCAGUGGCAUCCCAGACUUCAGGUCUCCAGGUAGCGGUCUCUAUGAUAACCUGCAGCAGUACGACCUGCCAUACGCAGAGGCCAUAUUUGAGAUCAACUUUUUCCAUCACAACCCGAACCCGUUCUUCACCCUGGCCAAAGAGCUGUACCCUGGAAACUACCAGCCCAACGUGACUCACUACUUUGUGCGUCUGCUUCAUGAGAAGGGUCAGCUGCUCCGGAUGUACACGCAGAACAUCGACGGCCUGGAGAGAUUGUCGGGGAUUCCUCCAGAGAUGUUGGUGGAGGCUCAUGGGACGUUUGCCACGGCGACCUGCACUGUCUGUAGGAGGAAAUACGAGGGGGAGGAGCUAAGACCAGACGUGAUGAGCGGGAAGGUUCCCAGGUGUCCCACCUGCACAGGUGUGGUCAAGCCCGACAUCGUGUUCUUUGGGGAGGAGCUUCCUCGUCACUUCUUUAAAUACCUGACGGACUUUCCUCUGGCAGACCUGCUGAUCAUCAUGGGAACGUCUCUGGAGGUGGAGCCCUUCGCCAGUCUGGCAGGAGCCGUGCGGAGCUCUGUGCCCCGCCUACUCAUCAACAGGGACCUGGUGGGUCCCUUUGCAUGGCGGCGGUGGCCCCAGGAUGUCAUUCAGCAGGGCGAUGUUGUCAGUGGUGUCCAAGCUCUGGUCGACGCUCUCGGGUGGAGUCAGGAGCUCAAAGCUCUGAUGGCCGCCAGGGGCCAGACGGAUUCAGCGAAACCAGAGGAUUGAGUGAAUCUGCACCAACCAGGAGCUCGGACUUCAUUCACUGCUCUUAUGAACGCUGUCAGACUGUGGACUGACUUCACGGUCGCUGUUUUGAUGAGUGCAUGUGCUCAAACAUGGAUCACUGAUCCUGUCACAGACUGGUGGUAAUCAUGAGCUGAUUCUGGAGGCGGGUCACUGAAAUGUUCCUAAAUCAGAAUCAGACAGACAGGUAAGUGAUGACGUCCAAACCAUGGGUUUGUAUUCACCGUAAUGUCAGAUGAAAAGUUUGAAUGUGUAAUAAAAAGCUGACUCACAUCAUUACAGGAAACAUGUACUGUAUAGAAUUUAUUUCUAAUCAAUAAAUCUGACACGUUUGA